UCCGGCUCCUCCCGAAGCGGCGGGUGCCGGGGAUGCUGCGCUUUGCGGGGCUCCGCGCCUCCGCAGGCCUGGCCUCCGCGGCCAGUGCCCCCGCCGCCCCGCGCCCCCCGGGCCUUCGCCUCUUCCUCCGCGCCGCGACCAUGGAGCGCCCCGCAGCGGGAGAAAUAAAUUCCAACCAGUGUGAAAGUGUGCUAAGAGAAGAGAAGGUGUCAGGGGAACUAAAAGCCAGCACUGUAGAUUCUCUGACAGACAUGCCAUUUGCUACUGUAGAUAUUCGAGAUGACUGUGGAAUCACUGACGUACCUCAAAUGAAUUCAAAGAGAAGCAAAGAGAAAGAAGGCAUCAAGAAUGAUCACAUAAAGAAGAGGAAGAAAGCCCUGAAAGAUUAUCAACCCAACUAUUUCUUGUCUGUUCCGAUCACCAACAAAAAGAUCACAGCUGGAAUUAAGGUCUUGCAAAAUGCGAUACUGCAACAGGAUAAGCGGCUGGCCAAAGCCAUGGUUGGUGAUGGUUCCUUUCAUAUCACCUUGCUAGUGAUGCAGUUAUUAAAUGAAGAUGAAGUAAACAUUGGUACUGAUGCACUUUUGGAACUGAAGCCAUUCAUUGAGGAAAUCCUUCAAGGGAAACACCUGACUUUGCCCUUCCAAGGAAUUGACACUUUCCAAAGUCAGGUUGGCUUUGUGAAGCUAGCAGAUGGAGAUCACAUCAACACACUUACGGAGAUAGCAGAGACUGCAAAAAGAACAUUUCAAGAAAAAGGCAUCCUGGCAGGAGAAAACAGACUCUUUAAGCCUCACUUGACCUUUAUGAAACUGUCAAAAGCACCAAUGCUCAGGAAGAAGGGAGUGAAGAAAAUAGCACCCGAGUUGUAUGAACAAUUUAUCAACCACAGAUUUGGGGAAGAAAUACUGUACCAGAUAGAUCUCUGCUCCAUGCUGAAGAAAAAACAAAGCAAUGGUUAUUACCACUGUGAGGCUUCGAUUGUGAUUGGUGAGUUGGAAAGCCCAUCCUCCGCGAUCCUACGGAGAUACAGCAAGGAGAGACCCAACGGGCCCAGUGGCAAGAAACCAGUUGGGAUCCAAGACAUAAUUAAUGAAGCUUUGCACCGAGAAAGGAUGGAGCUGAAGUCCAAAGUGAAACAGAUAAAGGAACUUUUGCUAAAGCCUGAGACUCAGGCCAUGAUUAGGAAGGAGCUUUUCGAAGGAAGAGUUCUUAAUGAUGGGAUUCAUACAGACGAUGCUGACUUAAGUGUGACUUUGCUGUAGCUCUCUACUGCUUAUGAUGGUGAAAAGCUUAUGAACUCUCAGCCCAGACAUAGCCCUUUGGUAAAUAACUAAAGUGUUCUUACAGUUUCUACAAAGCCCACAAACCAACAUUUGGUAAGGAAUCAACAACUUCUUGCCAAAGAAAACAUAUUUUUGCCUUAUCAUCAUCAUCAGCUAAAGUUGAGUUUUAGAAUGUUUGUUUGGGUGUUGUUGACUCAUUUUAGAGAUGUAACUUCUUAAUUAGCUGUUGUGAGAUGUUCCAUGGGUCCUUGCAGAUAAAAACAAAAAGAACAUUGACUAUGAAAAAUCCUUUGUAGACAAGAAAACAAGACAAAAUAAAAGCAACAACAGUAUUCUAAGGGUCGCCUGCCUCCUGUUGAUGUGACCCUUUCUUACCAGCAUUGGCCAGGCUUGUCCAGCCUCACAUUGUGUUACAUAUUAUAAGAAUUUGAAUGCUUAUUGAGUAUCCGUACUUGAAUGAACAUUUAUAAAUGUAAUCAUUGCAGUCACUGGUUAAGAAUGUUUUAUAAUAUCCACAUGUGUUAUUUUUCACUGAUGAAAAUGUAGUUUGCUUUUUCCUUUCUUAGUGAAUGAAUGUUCAGUGUUUUUAUUUUCUACUUUUCUGAAGAACAGCCUCAAGCUGCACUGUGUUCCUCCCCAUUUGUAUAGUUUGCACUGAUUCACUUUUAUAGUUUCUGGUUGUGAGCCUAGCCUUUAACGGCUGAGCCAUCUCUCCAGCCCCUGGUUCAUUUUUAAUAGAGCAUUCUUAAAAUGUUUCUCCCCAUGUGAUGUUUAUUUGCAACAGCUUUUUCAAUAGUCAUUUAAAAAUUGCUGCUACUAAUAGAUGAUGGGGGGAGGAAAUAAUUAGAGAUCAAAUAUGUAGUCAUCUCCCUUAUACAAUCCAGUUUGCUCAUGGAUUUUGGCUAAUUUUUCCCUGGGUAAAUGAUACGACAUUAAUUCAUAUUGUAAUACUUUAUGAGUUCCUACAUUUUCAUGCCUCUUAAUAAAUGUACUGUUUCCCUU